AUGCUUUAUUCAACCUUGCUUCUACCAUUAUACGCCUUGCUAGUCACAGCUAUUCCGUUCAGAAGAGGAGACUCCAACGAUCCAAAGGAGUACCUAGUCUCGCCAUUACCUGGUUGGGAUGAGUUACCAUCUGACUAUGCAAAGCCCAUCCAGUACGCCGGUCAAUUGGAGCUUUUUGCCGAAAACAACACUGACUACUUCUUCUGGAAAAUCAUUGAUUCCGACAAAAUUCCUGAAAACAAAAACCGUACAACGUUUUGGCUCCAAGGAGGGCCCGGCUGCUCAUCGCUUGAAGCAGUUUUUGCGGAAAACGGGCCAUUCAAGUUGAACGAGGAGAGACGCAUCACUGUCAACGAAGCUUCUUGGCAUAAAAUUUCCGAUAUGGUUUACGUUGACCAACCACCAAUGGUUGGUUACAGUGAAGGUGAGUUGAUUCGCAACUUGUACCAAGUGCAAGUAUACUUUAUGAGGUUCUUGGAAAAGUAUUUUGCAUUGUUUCCUGAUGACCUUGAAAAUGAUAUCUACAUUGCCGGAGAAUCUUAUGGUGGACAAUAUAUUCCAUACGUUGCUGAUGCGAUACUCAAGAGGAACAAGAAUUUGACCGAUGGACAAGAAGAGUACAAGUUAAAAGGAUUGCUCAUUGGAAAUGGAUUAGUGUCGCCAGACGAGCAAAGUUUAUCCUACGUUGAUUGGUUUAAGGAGAAGUUAUUGAUUGAUGAUUCCAACCCCAAGUGGUCUGAUAUAAACGAUGCCCAAAAAGCUUGUCAGGAUGUUGUUGAUGGCAAAGCAGCAAGUCCAAACGAAAACUACGCAUUCUCAUGUCGGUCCAUCUUAUCGAUUCUUUUGGAAGCCACAAAAAAUGACACAGCGCCAACGGAGCAGCAAUGCGUCAAUGUUUACGACUAUCAAUUACGUGAUUCUUAUCCAUCUUGCGGGUCGUCAUAUCCCCCAGUCACUGAACUCGUUACACCUUACCUUAAUAGCUCAGAGAUACAGCACGACUUGAACGUCAAAAAACCCGUCAAUUUCACAGAGUGCAGCACAGAUGUUCAGCACUCUUUUACUGCCACCAACUCACCCCCAGCCAAAGAGCUUUUACCAGGUAUUGUAUCCCAAAUCCCAAUAGUCUUGUAUAAUGGAGACCUCGACAUCAUUUGCAACUCGGAUGGAGUAUUGAAAUAUUUGUCCAACACAACUUGGAAUGGCGCAACGGGCUUUGACAAUGCCGAUAACAAAUCCGACUGGGUGGUUAGCAACGAAAAGGCAGGAUGGGUGUUGCAAGAAAGAGAUUUGACUUUUAUCAACAUCUACAAUGCCAGUCACUUGGUCCCAUACACACAGCCUCUAGUGUCUAGAUAUUUGUUUGAUUUUGUUACAAAUGAGUACACCAAAAAGGAUGGCGCCUUCAUCAGUCUGCCAAAAGAGGGGCUCAAAAAUUGA